UUGCAGAAAAGGUACAGUUUGGCUGUUGGUCCUCCCAAAAAAGUUCCAAAAGUCAAGGGUGUAGAGUCUGCAGCAGUGCAAGCGUUUCUCAGACGGCAAGAAGAAGAAAAAAGAAAAAAAGCACUGGAAGAAAGAAGAAAGAAAGAACAACUCUUGGCUAAACGUAUUGAACUGAAACAUGAUAGAAAGGCAAGAGCUAUGGCCUCACGAACAAAGGAUAAUUUUUAUGGCUAUAAAAUUCCUGUUGAGGAGAAGCCUAAAAAGAGGAGAGCUUGUGAGAAUGUCGCUCAGGCCCCAGGGGCUGAGUAUGCAACAGAAGAUGAAACUGAGCAACUCGAAUACAAUCAGACUGAAUCUGAGCAUGAGCAAGAAGAAUAUGAAGAGAAACCAUCCAAAGUUGCAGUGAAACCAAAGGCGCCCCCCAAAAGUGCACCUGCACCUCUGAACUUUGCAGAGCUCUUAAGGCUUGCUGAAAAAAAACAAUAUGAACCAGUGGAAAUAAAACCAGUGAAAAAGGUAGAAGAGAGACCCAGAACAGCAGAAGAAUUGAGAGAGAGGGAGUAUUUGGGACGCAAAAACAAAAGAGUAGAAAUACGUAAGAAAAGUGAGAAAGAGAUUAAGAAUACAGGGAUACCCAGUUCUUCAAAAAAAGUGACCUCUCAGAAGGAAUCUGUAAAUGCAAAACUUUUCAAAAGCUCAGUAGAUAAACAUUCCACACCAAAAGGCAGUCUGUCAUCAUCUAUGAGUGGCACUGGUAAGAAAUCCAAAGCACUGGUGCUAAGUGAAAAGCACUCACGGUCAUCAUCUUCCUCCAGGUUUGACCAAAUGGAAAAAAACUCUCAAAACGGCUCCUUAAAAAGCUCUACUGGUAGCAGUCAUAGUAAAUUACCUGUCAAUGGUACUGGAAAGUCUGGCUCAAGUUCUCAUGUGCCACCCUCCAAACCAGUGGCCAAUGGGGCUCAGAGGCUACCAUCUGCUAAAGAAUCCAGCCUGAAAAAGUCUGCCCAUACAAAACCAGGAAAUGCUGCAGCCCUCCAGCAUGGAAUCAACUCCAAUGCAAAACGAUCCGGCAGCAGCUUGGGAAAAGGUGGACCUGGACAUCCAGGUGGUGGUUCAAGUGCAGGACCUGGGCGAUCGAGCAGCGAUUCUGGCAUGGGACCUGGAAGGCCAGGAAGUGGCUUAAGCCCAGGACCUGGGCGGCUAGGCAGUGGCUCAGCCACAGGACCUGGAAGGCCAGGCAGCAGCUCAGGCCCAGGACCUGGGCGACUGGGUGGUGGCUCAAGCAUGGGACCUGGAAGGCCAGCUGGCAGCUCAAGCACAGGACCUGGGCGACCAGGCAGCAGCUCAAGCGUGGGACUUAAGCGACCAGGCAGCAGCUUGGGCACUGGACCAGGAAGGCCAGGAGUCAGCACAAACCCAGGACCUGGGAAACCAGGCAGCAGCUUGGCAACAGGACCAGGAAGGCCAGGAAUCGGUCCAAGCACAGGAGCCAAGCGACCAGGCAGCAGCUUGGCAACAGGACCAGGAAGGCCAGGAAUCGGUCCAAGCACAGGACCUGGGCGACAAGGCAGCACAACUGUAAAACCGAAGUGUACUGUUGUGUCGGAAACUAUUUCUUCUAAGAACCUAGUUGCAAGACCUAGCAAUGGACAGAUGAAUGGAAUGAGAUCUUUUCAAGGGCAUAGACCUGUGUUUCAUCCGCAAGGUCUUGGAAGACCACCGAUUAGUUACAAGAGACAAAUAGAUGAUGAUGAUGACGAAUAUGACUCUGAAAUGGAUGACUUCAUUGAAGACGAAGGUGAACCCCAAGAAGAAAUAUCAAAACAUAUUCGGGAGAUAUUCGGCUAUGACAGGAAGAGAUACAAGGAUGAAAGUGAUUAUGCCUUACGUUAUAUGGAGAGCAGCUGGAGAGAGCAACAGAAAGAAGAAGCUAGGAGCUUGAGACUCGGUGUUCAGGAGGACUUAGAGGAAUUGAGACGGGAAGAAGAAGAAUUAAAACGCAAGCGACAGUCUAAGAAGCUGAGGACACGUUAA